CCUGCGCCUGCGCCUGCGCCUGCGCCUCGGGGAAGAGGCGGCGGCGGAGCCGGAGCGGUGUGCGGGAGCCGGAAAUGGUCGUGGACGACGCCUGUGCGGCUGCGUGGGGCUCGGCCGCGCGGACUGAAGGAGACUGAAGGCCCCUUGGAUGCCCAGAGCCCAUAGGCUACAGCGUGGAUUGGUUGUUUCCUGAGGGGGUGCUGGGGGGACCCUGAUGCGGCACCAAAUGAAAUGAAUAAAGCUCCGCAGCCCACAGGCCCCCCACCUGCCCCAUCCCCUGGCCUCCCCCAGCCGGCAUUCCCCCCGGGGCAGACGGCACCGGUGGUGUUUAACCCGCCACCAGCGACCCAAAUGAACACGCCUUCUCAGCCCCGACAGCAUUUCUAUGCAAGCCGGGCUCAGCCCCCGAGUAGCGCAGCCUCCCGAGUACCGAGUGCAGCCCCUGCCAGGCCUGGCCCAGCUGCCCACGUCUACCCCGCGGGUUCCCAAGUGAUGAUGAUCCCCUCCCAGAUCUCCUAUCCGCCCUCCCAAGGCGCCUACUACAUCCCUGGACAGGGCCGUUCCACGUAUGUUGUCCCUACCCAGCAGUAUCCAGUGCAACCAGGAGCCCCCAGCUUCUAUCCUGGAGCAAGCCCCACUGAAUUUGGGACCUACGCCGGUGCCUACUACCCAGCCCAGGGUGUGCAGCAGUUUCCACCUGGCGUGGCCCCCGCCCCAGUCAUGAUGAACCAGCCACCUCAGAUUGCUCCCAAGAGGGAACGAAAAACGAUUCGGAUUCGAGAUCCCAACCAGGGAGGGAAGGAUAUCACAGAGGAGAUCAUGUCUGGGGCCCGGACCUCCUCCACUCCCACUCCUCCCCAGACAGGAGGAGGUCUGGAGCCUCAGGCCAACGGGGAGACUCCCCAGGUUGCUGUCAUCGUCCGCCCGGAUGACCGGCCUCAGGGAGCAACCGUCGGGGGCCGGCCAGGGCUUGGCCCGGAGCACAGCCCCUCAGACUCUCCAUCCCAGCCGUCCUCUCCUUCCCCAGCCCCGUCACCACCACCUCCAGUUUUACAACCAGGGCCUGAGCCGAGUCUCUCGGUCCUCCCCAUUACCGAGGACACGAUGACAGCCACGGUGAUAAUGCAGAUGACUGUCGAGGAACCUGCCGCUGCUGCCACCGCCACCGCUGCCACCACUGACUCCACUGCCCAUGAAGCCCCAGAGCUGCCCUGCCCUGCUCUCGCUCUCCAACAGCCCUGUGCCUCCCCCGGACCCUCCUCAGAGGCAGAAGUGACUAGUCCUCUACCAGCCCCUGAGCCUGCCCUUGCCCAGCCUCCCAGCCUCCUACAGCCUCCGGACACCGAGGUUUCUCCUGAGCCCAACGGCGUGGCCCCUGCGGAGGAGCCAGAGGCCCAGCUAGAGGUGGGCCAGGCUGAAGCGGUUCCUGUGCCGCCAACCCCCCCAGCCUGUCCCCAGGAAUUCACACUUGUGGCCCCUACGGCCCAGCCAGAGGAGCUGCCCAACGGGGCCCCCUCUCCCCCUGCCAUGGACCUGAGCCCUAUUGCCGAGCCCGAGGAGCCGGCUGAGGAGGUGGCGGCGGCGCCAGCACCAGCGCCGGCACUGCCCACCCUCCCUGCCGACCUUCCCGGGCCACCUGCUGCACCUCCUGCCCAGGAGGAAGAGCUAGAGAAUGAGGAGGAGGAGGAGGAGGAGGACGAGGAGGAAGGGGAGACUGAAGGGGAGAAGGGAGGAGAGGAAUCGUUGCCCCCUGAGACCACCCCCACCCCAGCCCCCCUUCCCCAGAGCCUUGACGAGACGGCCACCCAAGUGGUGGCAAUAUCUGUGCCAAAGAAGAGACGGAGAAUCAAGGAACUAAAUAAGAAGGAGACCGUGGGAGACCUGCUGGACGCCUUCAAGGAGGUGAAUGAGGGGGUGGCAGAGUCUGGAAAUCAGUCCCCUGCAGAGAGUGCGCCAACCCCAGAGCCAGAGGGCAGCCCUGGGAGCCCCCGGCCUGAGGAAACAGAGGAAACCUGGGAGGAAAAGGAAGACAAGAUUGACGAUGCUGAGAACAUCCAACCCGGAGACCAGAAGUACCAGUACAAGUCUGAUCAGUGGAAGCCUUUAAAUCCAGAGGAGAAGAAGCGUUAUGACCGGGAGUUCCUGCUUGGAUUCCAGUUCAUUUUUGCCAGUAUGCAGAAGCCAGAGGGCCUGCCUCACAUCAGUGAUGUGGUGCUAGACAAGGCGAACAAGACACCUCUUCGGCCACUGGACCCCACCCGCCUAACCAUCAUGAACUCUGGCCCUGACUUCACCCCAUCUUUUGCCAACCUGGGUCGGCCCAACCUCAGUAAUCGGGGCCCCCCAAGGGGAGGGCCUGGUGGGGGGCCAGGCAGUGAGCUACCCCGGGGACCGCCGGCUGGCCUCGGCCCCCGGCGCUCUCAGCAGGGGCUUCGAAAGGAACCACGUAAGAUCAUUGCCACAGUCCUACUCAGUGAAGAUGUGAAACUCAAUAAAGCUGAGAAGGCCUGGAAGCCAAGCAGCAAACGGGGCCCCACCGAAAAGGACCGGGGAGAAGAAGAUGCUGACGGCAGCAAAACCCAGGACCUGUUCCGAAGGGUGCGAUCCAUUCUAAACAAGUUGACGCCCCAGAUGUUUCAGCAGCUAAUGAAGCAAGUUCAGCAGCUGGCCAUUGACACAGAGGAGCGCCUCAAAGGGGUCAUCGACCUUAUCUUCGAGAAGGCCAUCUCGGAGCCGAACUUCUCUGUGGCCUAUGCCAACAUGUGCCGCUGCCUCAUGGGGUUGAAGGUGCCCACGACUGACAAACCCACGGUCACAGUCAAUUUCCGGAAGCUGCUGCUAAACAGGUGUCAGAAGGAAUUUGAGAAAGACAAAGAUGACGACGAAGUAUUUGAGAAAAAGCAGAAGGAGAUGGACGAAGCUGCUACGGCCGAGGAACGGGGUCGCCUGAAAGAGGAGCUUGAAGAAGCCCGAGACAUAGCCCGGAGACGCUCCCUGGGCAACAUCAAGUUCAUUGGGGAGCUAUUUAAGCUGAAGAUGCUAACUGAGGCCAUCAUGCAUGACUGCGUGGUCAAGUUGCUGAAGAACCAUGAUGAAGAGUCCCUUGAGUGCCUUUGCCGCCUGCUCACCACCAUUGGCAAAGACCUUGACUUUGAGAAGGCCAAGCCCCGAAUGGAUCAGUAUUUCAACCAAAUGGAGAAGAUCAUCAAGGAGAAGAAGACUUCGUCCAGAAUCCGGUUUAUGUUGCAGGAUGUGCUGGAUCUCCGCAGAAGCAACUGGGUCCCACGCCGGGGAGACCAGGGCCCCAAGACUAUCGACCAGAUUCACAAGGAGGCAGAGAUGGAGGAACACCGGGAACAUAUCAAAGUCCAGCAGCUCAUGGCUAAGGGAGGGGAUAAGCGCCGGGGCCCUCCAGGACCUCCUCCAGGCAGCCGAGGGGGUUUGGUCGUGGAUGAUGGAGGCUGGAAUACCGUCCCUAUCAGCAAAGGCAGCAGACCCAUUGAUACCUCCCGAAUCACCAAGAUCACAAAGCCUGGAUCCAUUGACUCCAACAACCAACUCUUUGCCCCUGGGGGACGUCUGAGCUGGGGCAAAGGCAGCAGUGGGGGCAUGGGAGCCAAGCCCUCAGACUCAGCCUCUGAGACAGCCCGCCCAUCCACUAGCACCUUGAAUCGUUUCUCUGCCCUGCAACAGGCAGCACCCCCAGAGAGCACAGAUGCACGGCGGGUGGUACAAAGGAGCAGUCUGAGCAGGGAACGUGGAGAGAAAGCUGGGGAUCGAGGAGAUCGCCUGGAGCGUAGUGAGCGGGGAGGGGAACGUGGGGACCGCUUGGACCGAGCUCGGGCCCAGAUCCCCAAACGUAGCUUUAGCAAAGAGGUGGAGGAGCGAAGCCGAGAGCGACCUCUCCAACCGGAGGGUCUACGCAAGGCAGCCAGCCUGACUGAGGAGCGUGACCGAAGUCGGGACACAGUGAAACGGGAGGGUGCCACGGCCUCUGCUGGUCCCCCCAAAGCUGCACUGUCUGAGGAGGAGCUAGAGAAGAAGUCCAAAGCCAUCAUCGAGGAGUUCCUGCACCUCAAUGACAUGAAGGAAGCGGUACAGUGUGUGCAGGAACUGGCCUCCCCGUCACUGCUCUUCAUCUUCGUUCGGAACGGCAUCGAGUCGACCCUGGAGCGCAGCACCAUUGCCCGGGAACAUAUGGGCCAGCUGUUGCACCAGCUCCUCUGUGCUGGUCACCUCACUACUAGCCAAUAUUAUCAAGGGCUCCAUGAGAUUCUGGAAGUGGCUGAAGACAUGGAGAUUGAUAUCCCUCAUGUGUGGCUGUACUUGGCAGAACUAGUGACGCCGAUCCUUCGGGAAGGUGGGGUGCCCAUGGGGGAAUUUUUCAGGGAAAUCUCAAAGCCGCUGAAAGCCCUAGGCAAAGCUUCUCCCCUGCUACUGGAGAUCCUGGGGUUACUGUGCAAAAGUGUGGGUCACAAAAAGGUUGGGGCGCUGUGGCGAGAGGCUGGCCUCAGCUGGAAAGAGUUCCUGCCCGAGGACCAGGACAUCGCUGCCUUUGUCACUGAGCAGAAAGUGGAAUACACGCUGGGAGAGGAGUCGGAGCCACCCAGCCGGCGAGAGCUGUCCCCCGACGAGCUGAGCCAGCAGCUGAAGAAGCUGCUCAAGGAGAGCCCCAACAACCAGCGCAUCUACGACUGGAUCGAGGCCAACCUGAGCGAGCAGCAGGUGGCCUCCAAUACCCUGGUCCGAGCGCUCAUGACGGCCGUCUGUCAUUCAGCCAUCAUCUUCGAGUCCCCCCUGCGGUUGGAUGUGGCCGUGCUGAAAGCCCGAGCGAAGCUUCUCCAGAAAUACGUGAGCGAUGAGCAGAAGGAGCUGCAGGCACUCUAUGCCCUCCAGGCCCUGGUGGUCACCCUGGAGCAGCCAGCCAACCUCCUGCGCAUGUUCUUCGACGCACUCUACGACGAGGAUGUGGUCAAAGAGGAGGCCUUCUACAGCUGGGAGAGCAGCAAGGACCCCGCUGAGCAACAGGGCAAGGGGGUGGCCCUCAAGUCUGUCACUGCCUUCUUCACGUGGCUGCGUGAGGCCGAGGAUGAAUCUGACCACAACUGAGGGCGGGGCCGGCCAGGGGCCGGGGGUGGCCAGGCCGCCCAAUGGACACGCAGACAGCCGGCCGCACAGACUGCAGGGGGGGCUGCGGCGUGCGCCUGUAGCGCGGUGUGUGUCUGAGCUAAUAAAGUGGUGGCUGAUGAGGCAGGAUGGCUUGGGGCUGCCUGGGCCCCCCCCUUCCAGGACGAUGCCAGGCGCCCCUCCCCCUGGGGGCAUAGAGAUAUAUUAUAUAUAAAGUCAUAAAAUUGGUGUGGGGGUGGGGUACCACCGCCUACCCCUGGGGUCCUUUUUUUUAUUUUAAGAAAAUCACUUUUGGGACGGCCGUCCUCGCUGCUGGGGGCGUUCCGCCCCAGCCCCCCGCACCUCCUCUGCUACCGCCUGGGCAGGGGGAGAAGGGGGGGCACGGUGCCUGUAAUUAUUAAACAUGAAUUCAAUUAA